AUGCCACUGAUGAGAAUCCGAAGCGUCGAAAUAAUUUUUGAAGACGAUAUGUCCACUUGCACAGAUACGGGAAUAUUAGAUCGCAGCAUGGAAUUGCUUCUAUCUGAUAGCAGCGAGGAUUCUACUAAAUGUGUUGACGAUUUACAUGCCGAAAGAGACGAGAAUGACUGCUCAGUAACAUUAAACGCGGAGGGUGAUUUAUCAGAUGACACAUCUAUUUCUUCAAGGGAUAAUAUUAUCGGAAAAGAAAAUCAUAAAAUAGAAACACCACAAAUCCAUCAAAUCGAAGCAGACCGCACUCAUAUUGAACACCACAGUAAAAAGAGCAUGAUAGUCAAUGAUGAGACUACAUUAUCACUCAUUGUAUCUGAAAUAGGCGAUUCUGGGCACUAUACUGAGGAUCCAUGCUCAUCUCAAAUCGAAACAGUUCCCAUUAUAACUUACGACGAUGCUUUGCUUUCCCAUUCUUUCGACGUCGUCAAUAUUGAUGAACCAUCAGUGCAUAAUACAUGCGAUCUAUCCGAAGUUUGUAGCAUUAUUGAUAAAGGAAAAUCAAUGUUAUUAUAUGAAUAUAUUGAAAGCAAUAGUGAUAGUUCCGAUAAUACUGCUAUAUGUGACGAUGAAAAUGCUGAAGUGAAAAUUUUAACAUCUCUUCAUAAUGCCGUGGUUUCUGAUGAAGAGGACACUGUGUGCGACAGUUAUGAUCUACAGUAUGAUUCUUUUGUGGACAUGGGAAAGUUUUGA